UCCCUGUGCUGAGCUGCUGACUGAGAGAAGGGAGGACUGCAGACUAACGAACAGAAACAAUUCCUGUGACGGCAGCUCCAACACCAGGCAACUAAAGCAGCCAGUCUUCGAGCCAUCUCUGGGCAAUGGAUGCAGCAAUUUUCAAGAAAAAUGGAGAGAUUGCCAAGCAAUCCAUGUACAUUGAGGAGAAGUCCAUCAAGGGUGAUGUGAUCUCUGUUAUCUUUUCAUUGAAGGAAGAGAUUGGAGCCUUGGCCAAAGCCUUGCGUCUGUUUGAGGAGAAGGGUGUGAAUCUCACUCACAUUGAAUCUCGCCCAUCCCGCCUCAAGAACGGACAGUACGAGUUCUUCAUUGACCUGGAUUGUAAGAGCAUCUCCAGCCUGGAGGAGAUCCUCCUGACUCUGCGCAAGGAUAUCAGCGGCACCGUCCACGAGCUUUCACGGGACAAGAUAAAGGACACAGUUCCGUGGUUCCCUCGCACAAUCCAAGAUUUGGACAGAUUCGCCAACCAGAUUCUGAGCUACGGGUCAGAACUUGAUGCCGAUCAUCCUGGCUUCACAGACCCAGUGUACCGAGCCCGGAGGAAGGAGUUUGCUGACAUUGCGUACAACUACAGGCAUGGUGAUGACAUUCCGAGAGUGGAGUACACGGAGGAGGAGAAGAACACCUGGAGUAUUGUCUUUCAGGAGCUGAAGUCACUGUAUCCAACACACGCUUGCCAUGAGCACAAUUCUGUGUUUCCCCUGCUGGAGCAGUACUGCGGCUAUAAGAAGAACAACAUUCCCCAACUCCAGGAUGUCUCCAAGUUCCUACAAUCUUGCACCGGAUUCCGUUUACGCCCUGUGGCCGGACUUCUGUCCUCGCGGGACUUCCUAGCAGGCCUUGCGUUCCGUGUCUUUCAUUCCACACAGUACAUCCGACACGCAUCAAGACCCAUGUACACACCAGAACCGGACGUGUGCCAUGAACUGCUGGGACAUGUGCCUCUCUUUGCCAACCCGAGUUUUGCCCAGUUUUCACAGGAAAUCGGAUUUGCCUCUCUGGGAGCACCAGAUGAAUACAUCGAGAAGCUUGCAACGGUCUAUUGGUUCACAGUGGAAUUUGGACUCUGCAAGCAAAAUAAUGAGAUCAAGGCCUUUGGUGCUGGGCUGCUCUCUUCCUUUGGGGAGCUUCAGUAUUGUUUGACAGAUGAACCAGAGCUACGGCCCUUCGAUCCUGAAAUGACGGCAAUUCAGAAAUACCCCAUCACCAGUUUCCAGCCAGUCUAUUUCGUUGCUGAAUCGUUUGAGGAUGCGAAAGAGAAAGUGAGGAAAUUUGCCGCAGGUAUCCCUCGCCCCUUCUCUCUCCGUUACAACUCUUAUACACAAAGUGUUGAAGUUCUGGACAGCAUCAAACAGUUAAAUAAUCUGGUUGACAACAUCACCGGUGAGAUGGGAAUUCUCUACCACGCUCUCAAGAAGUUUGAAUGAAAUUGACCAAGGACAAAGGCGUCUCACGGAUGGCAAGGAAUAAGGGUUCAGGAACUCUCGAAAGUGUACAGCCUGAGAUAGGUUCAUUUAGCUCCCUCUCCUCCCUCCUCCCAACAUUGUACAAUUUGUCCUCCCAACAAUUUGAAAUGGGUGAGGUUACACAUCACUGACAAAACCUCUGCAGAGCUGGAGUCUUUAAAUGUUGUGUCAUCAGCAGAAGUAGUCAAUGGCACGAGCUGGUGAAGUUUCUUUUUGGGUCACAUGGUACUGAUGCCAGCUCUUUGAAGACUUCUUACCAGCCCUUUUUAAACCAACUGUGAGUUAUCCGACUAAUUCCACUCCUCUAUUCUUUCCACACACUUGAAAAUCUUUUAUUUUCAAGGAUAAAUCUUUUUUUCCUUUAAACUUACUAUUGAAUGUAUUUAGGCAGCAUCUUCUGGAUCAUAGAACUCACAACACUGGAAAAUCCCACUGCUUCUUAGCUUUUAACUUUGAAUCUGAGUCCUUUGAUCACCAACCCUCCCACCACUCAUAGAACAUAGAACAGUACAGCACAGAACAGGCCCUUCGGCCCACAAUGUUGUGCCGACAUAGCUAAUCCCUCUGACCUACAGAACGCCCAUAUCCCUCCAUUUUCCUCUCAUUCAUGUGCCCAUCCAAGCCCCUCUUAAAAGCCCCCAAUGAAUUUGCCUCCACCACCCUAUCAGGCAACGUAUUUCAGGCAUCCACCACUCUCUCAGUAAAAAAAUUAAUCCUCACGUCUCUUCUGAACCUACCCCUCUCACCUUAAAUGCAUGCCCUCUGGUAUUGGAUCGCUCAAUAAUGGGAAAAAGAUAUUGCUUGUCCAUCCUAUCUAUGCCCCUCAUAAUUUUAUACACUUCCAACAGAUCACCCCUCAGCCUCCACUGCUCCAGAGAAAAGAGCCCAAGUUUGUCCAGCCUCUCCUGAUAGCACAUGUCCUCUAAUCCACGCAGCAUCCUAGUAAAUCUCCUCUACACAAUCUCUAAAGCCUCGACAUCCUUCUGUAGUGAGGUGACCAGAAUUGCAUGCGGAAAUGCAGCCUAACCUGAGUUCUAUAGAGAUGUAUCAUAACUUGACUCCUAUACUCAAUACCUCAAUUAAUGAAAGCAAGCAUUCCAUAAGCAUUCUUAACCACCCCAUCUACCUGCGUAGCCACUUUCAGUAAGCCAUGGAUUUGCACCCCAAGGUCUCUCUGCUCUUCAACACUGUUGAGGGUCUUGCCCUUAAGAGUGCACUGCCUCUUGACAUUAGUCCUACCAAGGUGCAACACCUAACAUUUAUCCGGGUUAAACUCCAUCUGCCAUUUCUCUGCCCACAUCUGCAGCUGAUCUAUAUCACACUGUAUCCGUCGCCGGUCUUCUACACUAUUCACAACUCCACCAAUCUUGGUAUCGUCUGCAAACUUGCUAACCCCCCCAUCAACAUACUCAUCCAGGUCAUUUAUGUACAUCACAAACAGCAGAGAUCCCAGUACAGAUCCCUGCAGAACACCACUACUCACAGGCCUCCGGCCUGAAUAAUUCCCUUCAAACACCACCCUCUGUCUUCUACAGGCAAGCCAGUUCUGGAUCCACACAGCCAAUUCUCCACUGCCCCCAUGCAUCUGAACUUUCUUGAUUAACCUAUUAUGUGGGACUUUGUCAAAUGCCUUAUUUAAGUCCAUAUAGAUGACAUCCACAGCUCUACCUUCAUCAAUCUCUCUGGUCAUCUUGUCAAAAACUCAACCGGAUCAGUAAGAUAUGACUUGCCCCACACAAAACGGGUUCCCCUUUUUCACCCUAUCUAAAACAUUUAACCUACAUCAGGAGAUAUUCACCUGUUCAGUCACGUCCAUUUUUUUUAAUGGAAUCAUUUAAAUUUUCGGUGUGGGUGUAGAUUUUGUGCAGAGAAUAAUAUUAAACUUAGCAAAUCCAUUCAAUAUAAAAUGAAAGAUGCAGUGAAAAGUGGACGUUCAUGCAACCCACGUUUAACAAACCCAGAAUAUUCAAUUUGUUCAUUAGCACCUCAUAACUCUGGGAUCAGAGCUUCUUUCCCUAACCAAGAUUUUAUAAUCGGCCGGCUUCAAGAUCUCAGUAUAAAAUUGUGGUUAUUAUUUUAUGGUUAUGUGAGAUAUCCCUGUGAAAUAGAGGACGAGAUUAUGUCGUUUAUACAAAGCAUUGAAAAUCUAUUACAAAACCUAUUAGUCUCUGCAUCUUUUCGCUCUGCUGUGCGUUAUGCUUGCCACGAUAGCUUUGAGAAUGUAAAUAGAAUGUUUGGGUUUUGCAAGGGUCAUUUUCUUCCUCUUAUACCACGGUGAGCUUGACUCUCUGUAAUGGUGGCUGCUCAGUCUUCAACAAUCGGCUUAAUGGUCCUUUAGACUGUCAGCCCAGUAAAACAGCUAGACUCAGCUGCUUCCCCGUCACAAUAGGGUAAUAUCACUCAUUUGAAGACAACACCUGAGCAUCCUUUUGAACAGAAGCAUAUUUAUGUAAAAUGGCUCCAUUUUAAUCCUUUGAACUUUCCUUUCCCUCUUUUCCAACCCCACCCACCUCACCCCCUUCCGCUUUGUAUCUCUGAUCAAGCUUUUCUAAUAAUAAGUCUGUGCUUGUAGCAACUUGGGUUUACACUGAAAUGUGGAACUGAGAUUACAAUUAUACAAUGGCCAUCCAAUCUUUCUUUUCCAUGGUCUAUAUUGAAAAGGGAAUCAAGGGACAUAAAGUUUAAACCAAAGUUCCCUUAUUCACAUCAAUCCAACAUCAACAGGAAUUCAGCAACAGAUGUAAAAAUGAACUUUGCUUUACGUAGCUCAAUAUCUUAAAGAAGUAUGAUAUAAUGAACAGAUAAAAGUGAUUUCAAAAGAGAUUCCAAUUACCAGCUCAGGGACCAUAGUUGCCUAGCUUUCCAACAUCUGCAGAUUAAAGAAAAUAUUAAACAUAUAAAGCCAGUCAGAAGAGGCCACUUUAGAUCCGGAAAUCGGAAACGUUUCACAGAAAUAUCCGAAAUUCUCGCCAAGUCAGGCAGCACCUGCAACGAGAGAAAUAAAUGUUUCAGUCAGUCUCCUUCCAUCAGAACAAGAAAAUGUUUGUGAUUUAACAGCCUUGUUUGUUUGCAGCACAUAAACAGACCCUUCGGCCCAACUGGUCCAUGCCGACCAAGAUUCCCAUGUAAGCUAAGUCCCAUUUGUCCGUGUUUAGCUCAUAUCCCUCUGACCCUUUCCUAUCCAUGUACCUGUCCAAGUUACUUUUAAAUGUUGUUAAUGUACCUGCCUCAACCACUUCCUCUGGCAGCUCCUUCUAUAUACUGACGACCAUCUGGGUGAAAAAGGUGCCACUCAGGUUCCUAUUAAAUCUCUCCCCUCAAACCUAUGUCCUACAGUUCUUGAUUUCCCAACUCUGAGAAAAAGACUGUAUGCAUUUACCCUAUCUAUGCCCCUCAUGAUUCUAUACACCUAAAUGAUUUUAUACACCUAAAUAUACAUUCUCCUAAAUGAGGGGUGACCUUAUAGAGGUGGGCUAUGGGGCUGCUUUACUAGCUGCUUUACUGGGCUGACAGUCUAAAGGUUUAGGGGGCUAUGUGGGAGGGAAGGGUUAGAUAGAUCUUAGAGCAGGAUAAAAUGACGGCACAACAUUGUGGGCCGAAGGGCCUGUACUGUGCCGUAGUGUUCUAACUUCUAACUAAUAAAGUCCCAACCUGCUCAACCUCUCUCCAUAACUCAGUCCCUCGAGUCCUGGUAACGUCCUCGUAAAUCUCCUCUGCACUCUUUCCAGCUUAAUGGCAUCUUUCCUGUAGCAGGGCGACCAAAACCGAACACAGUGUUUACAAUGAUGUUCUGAUGAAAGUGCACUGAUCAAAAACAUUUCUUGCUCUUUUCAUGGAUGUUGUGUGGCCUGCUAAAUAUCAGCAGAAUCUUUGGGUUUUAUUGAGUGAGCUGGAAAUAAACAUCGAACAUAGAACAGUACAGCAUAGGAACAGGCCCUUCGGCCCUCGAUGUUGUGACGAACUAAUUAAAUUAAUAACCAAAUGCCCAUCGAAGAUAAUCCCUUCUGUCUACACAAUGUCCAUAUCCCUCCAUUUCCUGCACAUUCAUGUGCCUGUCUAAGAGCAUCUUGAACCCCUCUAUCGUAUCUGCCUCCACCACCACCUCUGGCAGCACAUUCCAGACACCCACCACUCUCUGUGUAAAAAAACUUGCCCCACACAUCUCCUUUAAACUUUCCCCCUCUCACCUUAAAUGCAUGCCCUCUGGUAUCAGAUAUUUCAACCCUGCACAAAAGAUACCGGCUGUCUACCCAUUCUAUACCUCUCAUAAUCUUAUAAACCUCUAUCAGGUCUCCCCUCAGCCUCCGCCAUUCCAGAGAAAACAGCCCAAGUUUCUCCAACCUCUCCUUAUAGCACAUGCCUUCUAAUCCAGGCAGCGUCCUAGUAAACCUGCUUAAUUUAAAAAUUAAAUAGGGUUAUUUGGCAUUUGGGGGUUGCAUCAAUUAGACCUUGGGCUGAAAUUUAGAUGUGACUGUUUAGUCAAAAGAUAAAUAAAUCUAUCAUGUAAGUUAAGGGAUUUUGAAAUAGUAAAUUUCUUAAUAGUUUUAAGCUGUUAAAAUCAACAUAGUGUACAUAAAACCUAAUUUAAAUUACUUUAAGGGUGUUUAAGUACAUUUAUUGCUGCAACAGUUCUGCUGUUACAUUAUAAAUAUUCAUGGUUUAUCUGGGAAUAUUUUUGGAUGACAUAAUAUAUUGUAUUUGAUGUUGAGGUUCAUGGGCCAAGGUUCAUGCUGGGGCAGAGUUUCGGAGUGGGUGGGAGAUGGUGGCAGAGGAGGUGUGAGAGGGAGAGGAUUUAUUUUAACCAGUUCCCCACAUGGAAGGUAUAUUCUCACACUUGGUUCACAGAUAGAUGUGGAAUAGUGGUGAGGGAUUGCAAUCUGGGAGAAGGUGAGCUAUAGUGUGGAGAGUCCAGAGAAAUGGGCACAGCACGAGUGAGUCAAUGCAGGGAUGUUGUGGCUGCACUGGGGAAGGUCAGAGAAUUAUUGGACCAUAGAAAGGAAUUGCAGGGUUGUUGCAGUACAGAAGAAGCCAUUCAGCCCAUCGUUCACAUUGCUUCCUCAUAGAGCAUUCCCAACAGCCUCUCUCCCCAUAUCCCCGCACUGAUCUGAAACAAUAGAUAGAUACACAGCAGGUCAGGCAGCAUCUGCAGAUGGACAAACUGUUAAUGUUUCGGGUCUGGGACCCUUCAUGAGAACUGGUGUAGCCUGACCACCUGGAUAGAUCCUCCUUUUACCUGUUGUGUUUCCAGAAACCAGCCAGCAUGGGUUCCAGUGUUCCUGUUAAAACUAAAGACUACAUAAUUGUCUCAACUUCUGAGACCAAAGUUCAAGCAUUUCCCUUAUACUGUCUUUGUAACACAAAAAGCUCACCGUUUCAGAUUCUGAUCAUUUUGAUCUUCCACCCUACCCCUGAAAAAUACGAUAUCUCUCCAUAUGUUGCAUGUUUUCUAGGAAUGCACAUAAGUAUUGCAGCUUUUAAGUAUUUUUCCACACUUAACUUCACUGGCUGGAUUAAUUACUUUGCACCACUAUAAAUGCAAAUCCUUUCCAGCACUAUACAAAACAGCAACAAAUAGAAGAGGUAACCUUAAUAUAUCCUGUUCAGGUGAUGCAGACCAUAAUAACUUAGUCUCAUUACAAAAAUAUAUCGGCCAUGCUCAUAAAUAGACCAGUAAUUUGUAAUGUAAACAACAAGGUGCAUGUUCUGUCUGUCAGUAUCAUAAGUGUACUGUUGUAUCUAAUAAAAUAGUAUAAGGAUAUACAAGA